AUGUCGAGCGGCAUUGAAGUUCCCGGCCAACGACGACCCGGCAUCUGGUCCUACUUUGGUUUCUCUGGCCCCCGCCGCCGUGUCUCCGUCUCCCUGCCACGCACGCUCGACUCGAGUCGCAGCAACGACGACGACCCCUACGAGAAGCCCGCCAGACACUCGCGCCAUCGCUCCACGUACGCAGACGCAUUCAUGAACGACCACAAGGGCAGCGCCGUCAUGAACAAAGGGCAGCGCUUGCGCUACCUCAAGACGGGCGGCGUCAUUGCCUUUGUCCUCUUCGUGCUGUACCUGAUUGCGCCCGGCAGCAGCAUCCCACGCCCCGGCGCCGCCUCCCGCCCAUCCGGAGGCAACACGGCCGCCGGCGACGUCAAGGCCGAGUGCACCAAGUCGUACUCCAAGGACAAGCCCCUCAUCCAGUAUGCCCUCAUGAUCGACGCCGGCAGCACUGGCUCCCGUAUCCACGUGUACAAGUUCAACAACUGCGGCCCCAGCCCCGCGCUCGAGAAUGAAGUGUUUGAGAUGACGCCCAAGAAGGAGGGCGGCUCGGGUCUCUCGGCGUACCCCGACGACCCGGAGGCUGCUGCGAGGAGUCUGGACGUCCUCAUGGACGUGGCGGUGAAGAACGUGCCCAAGGAAUACCAGUCUUGCACGCCCGUCGCCGUAAAGGCAACGGCUGGCCUGCGCAAGCUCGGAGAGAAGAAGAGCAACGAUAUCCUCGCUGCUGUGCGUCGUCAUCUCGAAAACGACUACCCCUUCCCGCUCGUCUCGGAGGAGAAGAACGGCGUCGAGGUUAUGCCCGGCGAGAUGGAGGGUGUAUACGCCUGGAUUACCGUCAACUACCUCCUCGGCAAGAUUGGAGGCCCCGACAAGAACCCCACAGCCGCCGUUCUUGAUCUCGGCGGUGGUUCGACUCAGAUCAUCUUCGAGCCCACCUUCCCCGACACCCCCCGCGGCGGACUCCCAACCAAGCUUGCCGAGGGCGACCACAAGUACGAGCUCAACUUUGGCAACCGCAACUUUGACCUCUACCAGCACUCGUACCUAGGCUAUGGCUUGAUGGAGGCUCGCAACAACCUCCACAGCACCAUCCUCGCCGGGCUCCACGAGACGCACAAGGACAACCGCGAAUACCUCAAGAAGCCCAUUGUAAACCCUUGCAUCGCCCCUGGUAUGUCGCGCGAAGUCGAGGUUCACAUGCCCAAGGGCCACGAGCUGGGCGACUCGGUCACUGUCAACAUGACUGGCCCCUCUACAGCCGCACCAACACAAUGCCGGGGCUUGGCCGAGAAGACGCUCCACAAGGAGGAUGCAUGCGCUAUUGCGCCGUGUGCCUUCCGCGGUGUGCACCAGCCGCCGUUUGCCCAGACGUUUGCCAGCGAAGCCGUGUACCUUCUCUCGUACUUUUACGACCGCACACAGGAGCUCGGCAUGCCCGAGUCAUUUACUCUGCGCGAGCUCCAGGACCUUGCCGACAAGGUGUGUGCCGGCGAGAAGGGCUGGGAUGUCUUCUCGGCCGUGCCCAAGGCGCUCGACGAGCUCAAGGGCCGCCCAGAGUGGUGUCUAGACCUCAACUUUCAGUUUGAGCUCCUCAGGAGUGGAUACGGCAUGCCUAUUGACCGUGAGGUCAAGAUUGCCAAGAAGAUUAAGGACAAUGAGCUUGGAUGGUGUUUGGGCGCUAGUCUCCCGCUGCUCGAGCCGAAUUCGGGAUGGAAAUGCAAGAUUAAGCAGAUCCAAUAG